AUGGCAGGUACGAACCAGACACAGGUGACGGAGUUUGUGCUCCUGGGCUUUUCCCACGGCCGGCCCUUCCUCUUUGCUCUUUUCCUGGCCAUUUACCUGGCUACCCUGCUGGGCAACUCUGCAAUUCUCUCCCUCGUGUCCCUGGAUGCCCACCUCCACAGCCCCAUGUACUUCUUCCUUAGUCACCUGUCCUGCCUGGACCUUUGCUACUCAUCAGUGACGGUGCCCAAACUCCUGGCGAACGCUUUGCGCCCGCGGGCCACCAUCUCCUACGGGGGGUGCCUGGCGCAGACGUUCCUGCUGAUGUGGUGCGCGGGGGCCGAGUGCGCGCUGCUGGCCCUCAUGGCCUACGACCGCUUCGCCGCCGUGUGCCAGCCCCUGCGCUACUGCCAGGCCCUGCGCCGCAGCACCUGCGCCGCCGCUGCCGCCGGCUGCUGGCUCUGGGGGCUGCUGGACUCGGCCCUGCACACGCUCCUGGCGGCCCGGCUCUCCUUCUGCGGGGCUGCCCAGCUCCAGCACAUCUUCUGCGACGUGCCGCCACUGCUGGGGGCCGCCUGCAGCGACACCCGCCCCAACGAGCUGGCCCUCCACGUCUCCAGCAUCUUUGUGGGACUCAGUCCCUUUCUGCUAGUUGUCAUCUCCUACCUUUGCAUCCUGGCCACCGUCCUUGGGAUGCCACUGGCCACCAGCCGGCGCAAGGCCUUCUCCACCUGCUCUGCACACCUGAUCGUGGUCACCCUGUACUUCGUGGCAGCCAACCUGAACUACAACCGGCCCAGCUCGGGCUACUCCCCGGCAGCUGACACGCUGGUCUCUGUGCUGUACUGCAUCAUCAUCCCCAUGCUGAACCCCCUCGUCUACAGCCUCCGCAACCAGGAGGUGUGGGGGGCCCUGCGGAAGGCUGUGCGGGUGAGCGCCACACCAGGCUCCCCGGGCAACAACGCCUGA